CUUGGGCUCAUGUGAACGGCAAGGCACGGCUAUGCGUGUGGGAAGCCAGAGGUCCGUGCGACUCAGGCGUCGGCUGCUAUCAUGACUGAUGGCGAGAGAAGAGAACCCUUCCAGCCGCUGGCGAGUGAUGAGGUACGGGUACCCAUAGCUUCUGGACCAGCCACCGGUCAGGCACCCCAGCCCGGGGAGGAGAAAGAUGAGGACACCCUCAGUGCUUGUAAAUCCAUCCAGGACAGUCUGGCCUCGGCAGGAUCGUCCACCCGGGAUCCAGUCCACGAGGGAGAGAACCAGGUCCCUUACCCUGCGUUGGCCCCCACCGUCUUCUUCUGCCUCGACCAGACGACUCGACCGCGGAGCUGGUGCCUCAAACUGGUCUGUAACCCCUGGUUUGAGCACGUCAGCAUGCUGGUCAUCCUGCUGAACUGCGUCACGCUCGGCAUGUUCCAGCCCUGCCAAGACACCCAGUGCCAGUCCGAGAGGUGCACCAUCUUGGAGGCGUUCGAUCACUUCAUCUUCGCCUUCUUCGCUGUGGAGAUGGUCAUCAAGAUGGUCGCCCUGGGAAUCUUCGGGCAGAAGUGUUACCUGGGUGACACCUGGAACCGCCUGGACUUCUUCAUCGUCAUUGCUGGCAUGAUGGAAUACUCCCUGGAUGGGCACAACGUCAGUUUGUCCGCCAUCCGCACGGUCCGUGUACUCAGGCCUUUACGAGCCAUUAACAGGGUGCCGAGUAUGCGCAUACUGGUCACCCUGCUCUUAGAUACUCUGCCUAUGUUAGGCAAUGUCCUUCUUUUGUGCUUCUUCGUCUUCUUCAUCUUUGGAAUUGUUGGCGUGCAGCUGUGGGCCGGACUCCUGCGCAACCGAUGCUUCCUGGACCCCAACCUUCAGAUGACAUACAACUUGACUUUCCUGCAUCCAUACUACCGGCCGGAGGAAGGGGAGGAGAAUCCGUUCAUCUGCUCAUCCCACCGGGAUAAUGGCAUGCAGAAAUGUUCCAGCAUCCCAAACAGGAAGGAGGACAAGGUGGAGUGCACCUUGAGCAUAGACUCGUACAACCAAACUUCGUACUCUCCAGAUUUCAGCCACCGAAACACCUGCAUAAACUGGAACCAGUACUACAACAUUUGCAGGACUGGGGAGAUAAACCCACACAAUGGAGCUAUUAAUUUUGAUAAUAUUGGCUAUGCUUGGAUAGCUAUUUUUCAGGUUAUAACCCUGGAAGGAUGGGUGGACAUCAUGUAUUAUGUCAUGGAUGCUCACUCCUUUUACAAUUUUAUAUAUUUUAUACUGCUUAUAAUAGUCGGUUCUUUCUUCAUGAUUAACCUGUGCCUGGUUGUGAUAGCAACACAGUUCUCCGAGACGAAGCAGCGGGAGAACCAGCUGAUGCAGGAGCAGCGCGCUCGCUACCUCUCCAACGACAGCACAAUCGCCAGCUUCUCCGAGCCGGGCAGCUGCUACGAGGAGCUGCUCAAGUACCUCUGCCACGUCUUCCGGAAGGCCAAGCGGCGGGCGCUGCGCCUCUACGCCAGCUGGCAGAGCCGGCGGCGCAAGGUCAGCCCCAACCGCGCCGCCGAGGGCCCCGGGCGCCGGGCCCGGAGGCGGGCGCCCCCCGCCCACCACCUUGUCCACCACCACCACCACCACCACCACCACUACCACUUCAGCAACGGGAGCCCCCAGGGGCCGCGGCCCGCCCCGGAGCUCUGCGGCCUGGAGCUGCGGGCCCUCCCGCCCCGCGGGCCGCUCAUGCUCCCGCCCGCGUCGCCCGGCCGCGGGGGCGACGCCGGGUCCGUGCACAGCGUCUACCACACCGACUGCCACGUGGAGGGGGCCCAGGCCACGCGCCAGUCUCCCGGCGGUGGCGGCGGCGCGGCGGGGGCCAAGCCGGGCUGCCGCGGCAACACGAACUACCCGACCAUCCUGCCUUCUCCGGCUGGCAAGCCCGGCGCCGGGCCGGCCUCCACAGGGAAGAGGAACGGCGGCGCCGGCGGGGCCACCACUUCCGUGGCCACGCUCCACAGUCCCGUGCACCUGAACGUGGACCCCUACGGGAAGCUCCAUCAGCUGGUUGGAGAGCAUGGCCUUUGCCAGGCGUCCAGCCGGCUGUCGGGCCUGAGCGUCCCCUGCCCGCUGCCCGGCCCGCAGGCCAGCAUGUCGAACUGCGAGCUGCAGAACUGCCCCUUCUGCGCCAGCCUCCUGGAGGGCGCCGAGAGCGAGUCCAGCGAGCCGGAGAGCGACGAGUCGGGCGCCGAGAGCCACGGGGUGUACGAGUUCACCCAGGACGUCAAGCACGGGGACCAGCGGGACCAAAUUCAGCAGCAGGGGAAUCAGAAGAGGAGCCACAAGAGGAAGAAUAAGCAAGCCCGGGAGGGGAAUAAAAUAGCCAGGCUCUGGAGGGCCUUCGGCGACAAGCUGAAGAGGAUUGUGGAGAGCAAAUAUUUCAACCGUGGGAUCAUGAUUGCCAUCCUCAUCAACACGCUGAGCAUGGGGAUCGAGUACCAUGAGCAGCCGGACGAGCUCACCAACGCCCUCGAGAUCAGCAAUAUCGUCUUCACUAGCAUGUUUGCCCUGGAGAUGCUCCUCAAGCUGCUGGCCUUCGGCAUCUGGGACUACAUCAAGAAUCCCUACAACAUUUUUGACAGCAUCAUCGUGGUGAUCAGCGUCUGGGAGAUCAUGGGCCAGUCGGACGGAGGCCUCUCCGUGCUGAGAACCUUCCGUCUCCUCAGGGUCCUCAAGCUGGUCAGGUUCAUGCCCGCCCUGCGGCGCCAGCUGGUGGUCCUGAUGAAGACCAUGGACAACGUGGCCACCUUCUGCAUGCUGCUCAUGCUCUUCAUCUUCAUCUUCAGCAUUCUUGGUAUGCAUCUUUUUGGAUGCAAGUUUGGACUGAAAACGGAUACAGGGGACACGAUGCCAGACAGGAAGAAUUUUGAUACCUUGCUGUGGGCGAUAGUCACUGUUUUCCAGAUCCUCACCCAGGAAGACUGGAACGUGGUCCUGUACAACGGCAUGGCCUCCACCUCCUCCUGGGCCGCGCUCUACUUUGUGGCGCUGAUGACCUUCGGGAACUACGUGCUCUUCAACCUCCUGGUCGCCAUCUUGGUGGAGGGGUUCCAGGCGGAGGGAGACGCCAGCAGGUCGGACUCCGACGAGGACAAGACCUCCUUCAACUUUGAGGAAGAGUUUGAGAAGCUGAAGGAGAUGUAUGCUUCAGAGAUGAAGAUGUGCUCACUCGCCGUCACGCCCAACGGCCACCUGGAGGGCAAGGGCACCAAGCCCCCGCCCAUCAUCCUGUGCACGGCGGCCACCCCCAUGGCCACCCCCAAGUGCUCUCCUCACCUGGACCCGGCCUACCCCUUUGUGGACUCCAGGCGGGGCAGCAGCGCCUCGGUGGACCCGCUGAGCUUCGACCAGAAAUCCCUGUCCAGCCUCCGCAGCUCGCCCUGCACCAACUGGGGCAGCCGCCGCUCGAGCUGGAACAGCCUGGGCCGGGCGCCGAGCCUGAAGAAGAAGAGCCAGUGCGGGGAGCGCGAGUCUCUGCUCUCCGGCGAGGGGAAGGGAAGCACCGACGACGAGGCCGAGGACGGCAAGCCCGCCGCCCGCGGCUGCCCGCCCUCGCACCGCCGCGCCGAGUCCCUCGACUGCCGGGGGGCGCUGGAGCUGCCGGAGCUGCUGCAGGUGCCCGGGGCGCGCCCCCCGCUGGGCCUGGGCCCCAUGGCCGUGCUGCCAGCCGAGUUCCCGGACUGCAAGGGCAAGCUGCUGCGGGUGCCCAGCGAGUUCCACCUGCACAUGGACGGCCACAAGGACGACCCCCUGGACUACGAGGACGACCUGGAGGACAGCUACUGCUACAGGAUCCGCAAGGCCCUGGACCCGUACCGGCCCAGGUGGUGCAAGACUCAUGAGGACUGGUCGCUCUACCUGUUUUCACCGCAGAAUCGGCUUCGGGCCACCUGCCAAAAGGUGAUCGCGCACAAGAUGUUCGACCACGUGGUUCUGGUGUUCAUCUUCCUCAACUGUAUCACCAUCGCCCUGGAGAGGCCGGACAUCGAUCCGAACAGCACGGAGCGGAUCUUCUUGAGUGUGUCCAACUACAUCUUCACCGUCAUCUUUGUCGCCGAGAUGAUGGUUAAGGUUGUGGCGCUCGGCUUCUUCUCCGGGAAGAACACGUACCUGCAGAGCAGCUGGAACGUGCUGGACGGCAUCCUGGUCUUCGUGUCCAUCAUCGACAUCAUCGUGUCCAUGGCCUCGGCCGGCGGGGCGAAGAUCCUGGGGGUCCUGCGGGUCCUGCGGCUGCUGCGCACCCUCCGGCCUCUACGGGUCAUCAGCAGAGCGCCGGGGCUGAAGCUGGUGGUCGAGACGCUCAUCUCCUCCCUCCGGCCAAUCGGCAACAUCGUCCUCAUCUGCUGCGCCUUCUUCAUCAUCUUCGGCAUCCUGGGAGUGCAGCUGUUCAAAGGCAAGUUCUACCACUGCGAGGGGCCCGACAUCCGGAACGUCUCCACCAAGGCCGACUGCCAGAGCGCCCACUACAAAUGGGUGCGACGCAAAUACAACUUCGACAACCUGGGACAGGCACUGAUGUCCUUGUUCGUCCUCUCCUCCAAAGACGGCUGGGUGAACAUCAUGUACGACGGGCUGGACGCAGUGGGCAUCGACCAGCAGCCCAGCCAGAACCACAACCCGUGGAUGCUGCUGUACUUCAUCUCCUUCCUGCUCAUCGUCAGCUUCUUUGUGCUCAACAUGUUCGUCGGUGUGGUGGUGGAGAACUUCCACAAGUGCCGGCAGCACCAGGAGGCCGAGGAGGCCCGCCGGCGGGAGGAGAAGCGGCUGCGGCGGCUGGAGAAAAAGCGCAGGAAAGCCCAGCGGAGACCGUACUAUGCCGAUUACUCACCGGCACGGAAGUACAUCCACACGCUCUGCACAAGCCAUUACCUGGACCUCUUCAUCACCUUCAUCAUCGGGGUUAAUGUCAUCACCAUGUCAGUGGAACAUUUCAACCAGCCCAAGUCCCUGGACGAGGUGCUGAAGUACUGCAAUUAUGUGUUCACCAUCGUCUUUGUGUUCGAAGCCAUGUUGAAGCUGGUGGCCUUUGGAUUCCGGAGGUUCUUCAAAGACAGGUGGAACCAGCUGGACCUGGCCAUCGUCUUGCUUUCCAUCAUGGGCAUCACCUUGGAGGAGAUCGAGAUGAACGCCGCGCUUCCCAUCAACCCCACCAUCAUCCGCAUCAUGCGGGUGCUCAGAAUCGCCAGAGUGCUGAAGCUGCUCAAAAUGGCCACGGGGAUGCGGGCAUUGCUGGACACGGUGGUGCAGGCCCUGCCCCAGGUGGGGAACCUCGGCCUCCUCUUCAUGCUCCUCUUUUUCAUCUACGCCGCCCUCGGAGUGGAGUUAUUUGGGAAGCUGGACUGCAGCGAGGACAACCCUUGCGAAGGCCUGAGCCGCCACGCGACCUUCAGCAACUUCGGCAUGGCCUUCCUCACCCUCUUCAGGGUCUCCACCGGCGACAACUGGAACGGCAUCAUGAAGGACACGCUCCGGGAGUGCCGCCGCGACGACAAGCACUGCCUCAGCUACCUGCCCGUCAUCUCCCCGGUCUACUUCGUCACCUUCGUCCUCAUCGCCCAGUUCGUCCUGGUCAACGUGGUGGUCGCCGUCCUGAUGAAGCACCUGGAGGAGAGCAACAAGGAGGCCAAGGAGGACGCCGAGAUGGACGCCGAGAUCGAGCGGGAGAUGUCCAGGGGGGUGGGCAGCCCCCCGCGAGCCCCCGGGGGCGGCCCCUGCGCCUCCCAGCCCGGGUCGCCGCUGCUGGUCAAGCACCACGCGCUGGAAGUCACGGCCAGCCUGGGAGAGCCCCAGAACCUCCUGACGGUCCGCAAGAUCUCAGUGGCCCGGAUGCACUCCCUGCCCAAUGACAGCUACAUGUUCCGCCCCGUGAUGCCGGCCAAAACCCCCUUCCCACUCCACGAAGUAGAGUUGGAGGCCUUCUCGUACAAGUCACCCAGAGGAUCCAUCACCUCCAUCCGUUCCCAGCCCGUGGGGCCGAGCUCCUCCCUGAGGGUCCCGCGGGAGCCUCUGUGCCCAACAACCCCCCUUCCCCGUCACGACGGCAUCGGCCCACGGAAGCUCCUGCCGCCACGUGCCGCGUCGCGAUCGCCCAGCCUGACCCGGCUGCUGUGCAGACAGGAGGCCUUCCGGAGGGACUCCCUGGACACUCCCGGGGCGGAUUCGAAGGACAGCCUGCAAGCCGAGGCCUGCGAGAGCCGCCCCCCGAAGCAGCUCUCCCAGAGCACCCUGGGCCCGCCUGUGCGCCACGCAGCCCCCCUGUCCCUGCCCGGGACGCCGCCUCCCCCCCGCGCCUCGCCCCACCGGUCCUCCAGUGUCCGCGUCCGCCGGCACCCUCUCGCCUCCGGCAGGCCCCCCAGCCGCAGCAGCGACCCACAGGUCUCCCUCCUGGAGCCCUCCGACCCGGCUGAUGAGGAGGUGAGCCACAUCACCAGCUCGGCGGGGGGCUGGGCCGAGCGGUCCGGCGGGGGCGGCCCCGGCUCCCCCUUCGCCUCCCCCGGCCCCUCCCCGGCCCCGGCCCCGCUCAAGAACUGCAGCUCGACCAGCCUGGCGACCGGGGGCGGCCGCGAGGGGGACGCCAAGAGGCCGCACCGCGUGGACCCGCACGGGCUGCUGGCCAAGCCCAGCUGGGCGGAUGACCAGUGGCGGCACUCCAUCGAGAUCUGCCCCUCCGCGCAGGAGGGCAGCCACGGCUUCUGCGCGCCGCCGGAGGAGAAGCGGCGGCUCGGCCCGCACGCCCAGGCCGAGGCCGAGUACCUCCACGGGGUGCGCCGGAAGAAGAAGAUGAGCCCGCCGUGCAUCUCCAUAGACCCUCCCGUGGAGGACGAGGGCAGCGCCGCGACACGUACCAAAGCCUCCGAGAACAGCCUGCUGCGCAGAAGGACCCCUUCGUGCGACUUCCACAGGGACUCCCUGGAGCUUGCCGACACCCCGUCGGGAGAGCAGGCCCCCAAGACAGACCGCCGGGCGCCCCCCGCCUGCCGGGGGGAGCACUUGACAAUCCCGAACUUCUCCUUCGAGCAGCCGGAAGCCGGCUCUGCCGGGCGGCUCUUGGAGGGCGGCCAGGCCGCCGCGCCCUCAGCAGACUCCUGGCACGAGGACGGCCCGGCCCUGGGGCCGCAGGAGACAGACCCCCUGAAGCCGCCGGACAACGGGCCCGAGCGGAGCCAGGAGGCCCCCAGUGGGGCGCGGAGCCCCCUGCGGAAGCACGGACUGGUCCCCGCGAUCACAGCCACAGACGAGGACCCCGAGGAGCCGGCAUAG